AUGGCUGAAUUCAACUACAUGUACGCCAACCAGCCUCUGGGCAACUCCUCUAUGUCUUCAAUGGGCUACCCCAACAACAUGAUGGGCGGCGGCAACGCACCUCCAGGCUCCGACUCAAUGUCCAUGCUCAACCACUAUGCACGCAGCCCCUUCACCAAGCAGCAACAGCAGCAGCAAGCAGCCGGUCCCGGCACUCAAGUCUUCUCCUCCUGUGUCCUCAAUGACCCCAGCAGUUCUGUCUUCUGCUACGACGCGCACUCCAACAUGGUCGUCGAGCACAACGUUCGCCAAAUGAUGGCCUCGGACUGCAGCCUGUUCAUCGAGCACAUCCAGGGAUAUAGCCUAGUGUACGUGCCCAACGGCAGCAGCAUCGAGGCUGCUGCCGGCCAAGCCAUGGCCCAUCACGCGGAACAUCUUCCGCGCGCAAUGGCCGGCGGCAAAAACGGCUCACGCGGACAUAAUGCCGCAAACAACGGGCUUCCACGCGAGAAAACAUCCAAGCCCUGCAACGCCUUCAUCAUGUACCGCAACCACAAGAUCAACGAGCUGCGCGCGCUUAUGCCCGAGAUUAACCAGACGGAUAUUUCGCGUGAGGCAGGCAGCCGGUGGAAGACCGAGAGCGAGGACGUCAAGGAGUACUUCCGCGCUAAAUAUCGUGAGGAAAAGCAAAACUACGAUGCAAAGAAGAGCAAGCGCACAAGGGCUGAUACGUCGAGGUUUGGCGACGACUACACAGUGUUUGAUGGAUCGUCGCCCAGCCGCAAAAAGACAAAGAACAAUCUCGGCCUUGGAAUUGGCGGCAAUGGGAUGGGCGCCAAGCCGCGCGCUCACACCAUGCCCAGCGGCAGCUACAGCGCCUCGCGGAUGGGCAGCGGCGCAGAUCUGCGCAAGCAGAUGGCUGCGCGCAAUGUGUCGUCAGGAGCCGCCAUGAACUCCUCCUCGGCGUACCUCAAUGACUCACCCUAUGAGUCCCCCGAGCUGCACCGCGCCUACGCCGAGCUCGCCACGGGUAUGUCUCAGCACCAAGGGCAGCAGCCGAGCACAUCGUCAAUGCAGACGCUGGUUUCGUCGCAUUCGUCGUUUGUCAACGGUAUGUCCAACGUGCAGAUGUUCCCUGGGUCCGAGCACGACAUGCAUGGCUAUGACCAUGCUUCUGCUGCGCACAUGAUGCCUGAGCAGAACGAUCUGACAAACUCCUUGGUCAAUGCCGGCUUGGCUGCCGGUAUCCAGAUGAUCUCGGGCGGCAAUGGGGAGCAGGACGGUGGCGACAUGGCUGCUGCCGCCUCUAUGGCUGCUAACGUGGCUAUGGCUGCUGGUGGAUUCUACAGCACAGAUAUGGGCUCUGUCGAGCAUAACAAGGCUGGCUUUGUCGGACAGUGGUCGGGCAAUGACCAGCAGCAGCAACACGAGUACACGGGCAUCAACCCGGCUGAUACAACAAAUACGGACUCUGUCGAUGGUGUUUCUAGCGCUGCUCAGCAGAUGCCAUUGUCUGCUGCUGUUGUUGGCGGUGAAGCCAUAUAA